AUGAGUUCUUCCCGGCUACCUGCCUCUAUAAUAGUUCUCUACUGCUUCCUUCUUGUCUCGACCACCACUGCCUUCAACAUCACCAGGCUCCUCGGAAGAUACCCCGAAUUCAGCAACUUUAACGAUCUUUUGACCAAAAAUGGUCUCGCCAGUGAAAUCAAUAGCCGGCAAACCAUCACCAUCCUGGCGGUGUCUAAUGACGCACUCGGAGGUCUUACAGGGAAGCCGGAGGAGGUCCAGAAGGGUGUUCUGAGCAACCAUGUAGUGUUGGAUUAUUAUGAUACCUUGAAACUUCAGAAAAUGAAAAACAAAUCUGUCCUUACCACCCUCUACCAGACCACCGGCGUUGCAUCCGAGGGACAAGGGUUUUUGGGUGUCAGCCACAAGAAUGAUGGAAGCAUUGUGUUCGGCUCUGCCGUCAAGGGCUCCCUGCAAGACACAAAAUUGUUGGGAUCCGUCGCCGCGCAACCAUACAACAUUUCUGUCCUCAGCGUUUCUCAACCCAUUGUGGCUCCUGGAAUUGACGGCAGCUUAAGGCCAAUUGCUUCACCACCAAAGGCGAGCGCCCCAGCCCCAGCCCCUGCCCACAAGAAAAAAUCUCCCCCACCGGUUGAUGCCCCUGCACCAUCUGAUGAUACUACUGCUGAUGUCCCUGCCCCGUCUGAUGGUCCUAACGCGGAUGCUCCUGCACCGGCUGAUGGUCCUAGUGCCGUUGCCCCUGCACCGUCUGAUGGUCCUACCGCUGACGUCCCAACUGCAGAUAGUGAUGAUAAGCCAGCCAAAAAUGCCGCCGGAAAGCUGUCCGGUGCUUCCUUUGGGUUUGCAGUAGUGUUUGCAUCUUUCCUUGCAUUAUUCCACUAA